CUUUACAAUCAAACUUCCUAACGUUGGGUUGGAGACAAUCCACAAUUCCUGCAGAUGACGUUGGGAAUCAGAACGGAAGCUGAUUGUUUGUAAUUUUCAGCCGGUUUAAUAAAGCAGUGGCAGUGUUUUUGCACGAUCUCCAAAGUGGCCGAUAAUUUAGCGCACUCAUCACGCAAUUAGUCAUGGUUGCGUGAAAGCUCGAGAGGCUUGUUGUCAUCCGGUUGCUAGGCUGUAGACUCUCCACCGUUUAGCGUCGUUCCGCCGUGAGGAAACUGUCGUCAUGACGUUCCAGCUUCAGCGCAGCCGAUGUAUGACACUUCCGGCCCGCGUUGGCCUGACGGCCAGAUCGCGGGCUGGCACAAUUUCAUUCCUCGCCAGGCUCAGAGCAGGCUCUGUCAGCACGGUCUCCUUUAUGGACGAACCGUCCGACCCCAACAAGCAAGGGUCGAGCGUCAAACUGGAGCCCACCUAUCAGAUGGAGCCUACCAAACGGUUCCCCGUCAACACGGUCAAAGACAUCCUAUGCGAAGUCCUGCAACAUUACCUGGCCGAGGAGAAAUACGAACCGGAACUUUGUAAACAGAUGACAAAGACGAUAUCGGAUGUUGUGAAAGCACGAGUGAAGGACCUUCAGUUGGGCCGCUACAAGAUCAUAGCCCUCGUGCAUAUCGGAGAACUGCGGGACCAGGGUCUUAAGAUCAGUAGUCGGUGUCUGUGGGACGCGGCCCACGACAACUCCUCCUCCUAUGAAUUCCGUAACAACUCGCUCUUUGCUACGGCGAUGGUCUACGCUAUAUACCACGAAUGAGGGUAUUUUAUAAUAAAGUUAAUGUGUGUCAUAUGUAAACUAUAUAGAACGGGAAAUGGCCUAAUUUCAUGGAUAAGCAGAAAGUAUUGCAAGUAAGGCUGUGUCUGAAUUAGUGGCUAUGGCUU